AUGAGUGACCAGAGUAUAACCUCCUUGACGCAGGAGGAAAUGGAUGCUGUGCUUUAUGACGCAAGAGAAGGUGACUUGCAAACAUUGCAAGAGAUCUUCAGCGAAGUGCCCGCACACUUGUUGAAAACUAUUAAGGAUGAAUACACCUUAAGCAACAUAAUUCAUAUGGCUGCCGGUAAUGGGCAUUUGCAAAUUCUUACAUAUUUAUUAGGACUUUUACCCCGUGCUGAUGCUGUUGAAUUGGCAUCACAAGUUAACGAUACAGGCAAUACCCCAUUACAUUGGGCAGCAUACAAUGGUCACUUAGAUAUAGUUAAAGUACUUGUUGAAGAAUACGAGGGAGACGUUUAUGCUAAGAACGAAGCAGGUCAUGAUGUCAUGUUUGAGGCGGAGAAUAAUAACCGAGAAGAAGUGGAAUCUUGGUUACUUCAAAGAUUCUCCGUAGAAGAAGCAUUUGAUGUAACUGAAGAUGGAGAAAACACAAAGAUCACAUAUAAACCCGGUACUGAAAGUAAAGAAGCAGAUGAAAAGGCUAAAGAGGCGACAUUUACUUCUGAAAUUGAGGCUGGAACAGCCAGUUUAACGGUUGAAGACCGUGUUUAG